AUGGCCUUUCCCCGGGGCAGCCGGGCCCCUCCCGGCCGGGCGGCGCGCUCCUGGGCCCCGCUCCUCCUGGCAGCGUUCCCCUCUGCUCUGCGCACAGCCUCCAUCCUCACCGCCGGGGUCCGGCCCGCCGAGCCUCUCACCGUCCGAUCAGCCGUGGCUGUAGCCGGGGACAACGUCACUCUGACCGCCCGGGAAGACCCAGACCAAGUCGGGGUCUAUAACUGGUACCGAGGGACAAGUGUGGAAGAAAACCUCAUCUGUAAAUACCUAACAACCCCACCCAAUCAGACCCUUGGAAAAGCACAUACGGGCAGAGAGUCUGUGCAACCCAGUGGCUCCCUGCUCAUCACCAGAGUGACAGUCAGCGAUACCGGUCCCUACUCCGUAGACAUCAUAUUUAAGAAUUUUACUUUUACUUCAGACCGGGUGAAGUUACAAGUUUAUGCAGGAGGAAGCCAGGAAGGCAAUAUCCAGACCAGAAUUUCCAGGACCGCUCAGGGACACAGGUCUAGACUGACGCGGGUGUCUCAGCCCAGCCUCAUGGCCUCCGACUCUGAUGCCUUGGAGCACCAGGACUCGGUGACUUUUUGGUGCCUUCCCGGGGAUCCAAAUGAAAGCGUGUUUUGGUUUGUGAACAACACGGCCCUGACAGCCAGCGACAGGCUGGAAUUGUGCUCUAGCAACAGGACUCUCAUUGUGCACAACAUCACCCGUGGAGACACCGGCACCUACCAGUGCGAAGCCCGUGAUAUGGUCAAUGCCCAGCGGAGCAACCUCCUGACCCUGUCUGUCAGCUAUGGCCCUGACAGUGUGGUGAUCCUCAACCAGCCCCAACCCAUCGAGGCCAAACUCGAGUCCACAGUGACCAUUUGGUGCCAUGCUCCAUCCCUCCCAGCCGCUCAAUACCGCUGGUUUGUCAAUGGCACCAGCCUGGGAAGUCUCGAGAACUGUCACACCAUCCUCCACAUGUCCUGGCAACACCAGGGCAACUACACGUGCCUGGCUCACAACCACCGGACCCAGGGAGCCGCCUCAGCAUCCGUCUUCCUGGGCGUGGCUGUUGCAGCUCCCACCCUGACGGUCUCCAAUCCUUCACUCUCUGGAGGGGCCAUUGCUGGCAUCACCGUCGGAGCCGUGGCUGGUGGGUUGCUGAUGGUGGCGCUGGGCUAUUUCCUGGUCGCCAAGAAGGGCCGAAGGCAAAUGGGGGAGCUCACAGGAGAGACUGGCCUGGGAGGAGGGAGUCUCCCAGCUCCCAACCCCUCAAAGAGUGAAGUUUUCUACAUAAACCUCCAUCCCAUUGAACGAGCCCCAUCGGCACAGAGAAGGUCUCUGAGUGCCUCGUCGCUGGAGACUCCCACAGAGUGCAGCCUGGUCUACAAAAACUGGUGUCCUAGAGACAUGAACACCUACUACAAGAUGAAACCAUCAGCCUAGGCAGGGAGGGGCCCCGCCUGGUCCUCCCCUCCCCCUCUUCCUGGGGGCAGCCCUGCUCAGGACAAGGCCCGGCCAACCAGGGACAUGGAUGCCAGAGGCCAGUGGCCAUGGGAACUCUGGGAGCCACCGUUGCCUAAGGGCCAGGCCGACCUACUCUAUGGAAAGAUGGUCAGGUGAUUCAUCAAUGCCUGGUGUCCCCUGGGAACCUCAGAUUAGGGGUCAGAGAGUGUCCCAGAGUGACCUGGUGACCUCAUGGGGGGAGCAUCAGGUGUCAUUGGCUACUGGGGGCUUGGUCAGAGGGGAAGGGGGAGCCCUGAUCCUUCCCCCCAGUGUCUCUGUCCAGAUGGGAAGAUCUCUCUGACCCCAGUGCCAUUCCUGCCACUGGCUGAGGUGGACACCCUGCUGGGCUUGCCCUGUUCCUCUGUCCCUCCUGGUCAGGCCCAGGAUCUGCCAGGUCACCCCAGGGCAGGUACUGACUCCCCAUCUCCAGGUCCAAUCCCACAGUCCCCGGGGGGCCUAUAAAAUGGACCUGCCCUGGACUGGGGACUUGGCUCUCCCUCUCUGGGUCAGUGCUGAUGGGGGGCCUGAACCUGAAGGAGAAGGAACAGCAGGCCCGGCCAGGGUGGGUGGUGUGGUCAGGGAUGCUGGACUCAGCUACGCAAUCUGAAUCAUUCUGUCGUGUCCAUACCCAGCUCUUAGCUCACAGCGAGCACAUAAUAAAUGACGUUAUCAAUCCAUUA